CUCUUUCCUAACUCACCACCAUUGGCCUAGUGGCCACUGAUAAACCAUAUGGCUUCCUCUAACAUGUCUCUCCCAAUCUUUAAGCCCUACUUCCAUGGCCGAAACUUCCUAUCUAGUCGUCCCACCAAGCUUGGUUUCACCACUUACAAACCCCAAUCACCAAACACCCUACGACCAUGUGCCAAAUUCAACCUCUCAGAAAUUCUGGGAGGCAGAGGACUCUGCAAUGGAGAAGAGGGUAUACUAAAAGAGCUGAAAAAGAAUGUUGAAGAGAUAACACCACUAACAGAUGACAAGGAGGAAGAAAAACCAGAGAGCCUUGCGAUUUCGGGGACCGAAGAAGCGGUAGUAGUCCCUGAAGAAGGUUUUGACAAGGAGUUGAUGGGGCUAACUGGAGGAUUUCCUGGAGGUGAAAAGGGCUUAAAGCUCUUCAUUGAGAAAAACCCACCUCCGGCAAAACCUUCAGUUGAAAAUAAACCACAAGCUACAAGCUUAAAGAAGUCGAAAGCACCUGAUAUGCCGAUGUUACUCCCCGGCAUGAUCGCCAUUGUGAGCAACCAAAAUAGUCCUUACUACAUGUACUGUGGCAUUGUUCAGAGGAUCACUGAUGGAAAAGCUGGAGUUCUUUUUGAGGGAGGAAACUGGGACCGGUUGAUUACUUUUCGCCUGGAAGAGCUCCAGCGCAGAGACAAGGGCCCUCCGGGGAAAAAUCCCAAGUCUUGUAUCCUUGAACCUCUGCUCCAAAAGGAUUCAGAGUAAUUCUUGUUUAAGUUCAAUCACAUGUAUGUAAAUUUUUGUACUGAAUGUGAAGAAUUAUUAUAUGAAAAUAAACUAAAAUAAACAGUGCAAGCAAACUCUCGAUUAUAU